GCAGCAGGCAGGUCCCAGCCCACACACGGACCCCAACCUGCGGCUGUCCAUCUCGCCCACAGCUCUGGCCUCCGCCUCAUCCUCAAACAACCAUGGCUCAGGUGCUAGCUCUGAGCCUCCUUAUCAUGGUCCUGGCUCUCUGCAUCCCCUGGACCCGAGGCAGUGAUGGCGGAGCUCAGGACUGCUGCCUCAAGUACAGCCAAAGGAAGAUUCCCUACACUGUGGUCCGAAGCUACCGGAAGCAAGAACCAACCUUAGGCUGCCCCAUCCCGGCAAUCCUGUUCUCACCCCGGAAGCGCACUCAGCCAGAGCUUUGUGCUGACCCCAAGGAGGGCUGGGUGCAGAAGCUGAUGCAACGCCUGGACAAGCCUCCAGCCCCGGGGACACAAACCCAGGGCUGUAGGAAGAACAGAGGAGCUCCUAAGUCUGGAAAGAAGGGAAAGGGCUCCAAAGGUUGCAAGAGGACUGAACAGACCCAAACCCCAAAAGGGCCAUAGCCCAGUGACCGACCUGGAGCCUAGGAGGUCCCGACUGAACUUCACCAUGGCUUUGAGCCCCAACACGAGGACCAGAAAGGGGCUAAAAGGCAGGAAGGACAUAGGGGCCCCAGAGCGGCCACUUCAGGCUGGCCUUGUCACAACCUUCUGCUUCAACCAUCCUGACCGCACUGCCGUCCUUUUCUUGCAUGGCUGAGCUGCCUUCCCUUGGCCAGGCCCAGAGAGGCAGAAGAAUGAGCGUCUCUCAGGAAAUGGGAGAGGAGACAGCAGGACUGUCCCUCUAGGAGGUCUCUCAGGUCCAAGCCCUGACCUUGCUCCCCUGCACCCUACCCUUUCCUUGCAAAUGUGAUUUAUACCUAACGGAAUAAAAAACUGUCCCAGCCUCAACCCAAA